AUGCGAAAGACUAUCCACAUCGCCGGGAUUCUGAUUCUUCUUGUGUGCUUGGAAGUUGUAUGGGGAGAGGAAGAAGCGAAAGCAGAAGAAACGGAGGCAAGCGGACAGGAAGAAGGGAAAAGUGACGAUCAUCCUGCAGAAGGAAAUUCAGCACCGGAAUCAAAUAUUGCAGCAGCUGAUGGAGAUGGAGCCACGACUGCCAAACUGGGGAGAAUGGGAAACUCAAUUAUACCGGUGAUCGUGGCAGCUGGAGCGGCUUUGCUAUAGUUAUACAAAAUGGCUGCUUUUGCUAAUGUAUUGUGCCAG